AUGCUGACCGAGUAUGCUGAGCAUGUUGCAGCCAGCGUAUGGACCGGGGAGGAAUGUCCUGAGUUGAAGUUGUCCUCCCACGGAAGGAAGGUGCAAAAAUUAGGCAGGCCUGUCCCUACCAUUGAGGGGCUAGUUGCUGGGACAGGACUAAGUCCUUUGAUCGCGUGUUCAGUAGACACCGACGAUCAGGGACUUAUAUCCUCGUUUGUGGAGAAGUGGUACUGGAAGACGAGUAGUUUCCAUCUUCCUGUGGGGGAGGUUACCAUCAUGCUUGACGAUGUGGCGUCUCUUCUUCAUCUGCCCAUUGUUGGCAAGUUCCAUACCUUCGAGCCUCUGCACCUGGACGAGGCGGUGCUGAUGUUUGUCGACUUACUACUUGUCUCACCAGAGGCAGCUAGGGCCGAGACCGGACAUUGUCAUGGACCUCAGUUUGGGAGGUAUGCAUGGGGAGUUGCUGCCCUGUGUUGGAUAUACGAGCACUUUCCGUCAGUUGCGGAGUGCAAUACUGAUUCGGAAUACGACGACGCUUCACCAUGUGCAUGUCGGUGGAUUGCUACGAAGAAGACGAUGAAUAGCAUAUCCACAGAGACGUACAGGCAGCGCCUGGAUCGAUUGAGGAUUCUCGAUGGGCCCGUUGCUAUCAGAUACAGACCAGAGAGGGUCAUGCGCCAAUUUGGAUAUGUCCAGAGUAUUCCUGCUCCGCCUGUCGAUUCAUGGGUGUCAUUUGAUGAGAUAGACGACAGAUGGAUGCACUACUCAGACCAUCUUGCGCUAGCAGGUGAGAUGUGUGUUGUGCCAGGUUAG